UUACUGGCUAUACAAAUCAUUUUAUUUGGUAAACAUAGCUUUUUUGUGUACAAUAAAUUUUAUAAUUUUAGCCGAUUGUUAUUUGUUGGAUUCCAAUUUACCGUUUGCUACUUUGCUUCUUUUCGACUUAAUGGUAUCCAAGUCAAAAUUAGCUCUAUUAGCUUCAAUAACUGUUACUGCUUCCAUAUUUAUCGGUGUUAAUGUCGCCCAAGAUUUAGAAAAGCGUCGUGUUCGAGCUGCUGUUCUUCAUGAUCUGCAAAGACUCAAAGAAAAAUCAGAUGGAUUGUGAGACCAAAUCUAUCAAUUCUGAUGGAGAUGAUAAAGCUAACUUUGGUGGUGUUGCAAGUCGUGUCCACUUAGACGAAGACACCUUCAAUCAAUUGGACAAGAAAGAAUUAUGGGAAAAAUGGAAAAAGCAGGAAAGUUACAUCGAUUUCUUAGAAAGAAAAGGCGAUUGUAUUGUGCAGCCUGCGAGUGACCAUAGUAGUUUGAAAGAAUACGAAGAAAGACUAAAACAACAACAAAAUGAAGCUUGUAGACGUGAAAACUACCUUUUAUUGAGAUUGACACGGAAGGAACAAGAAAUUACUGAAUACAAGAAUCGCAUUCAAGCAAUGAGAGAAGAAUUAAUACCAUCCGACUCCAGGCUUAAUUCAACCUUAUUAGACCCUGCACUUAAUUUGAUGUUUGAAAAGAUGAAAUCAGAGGUUGCAUCUUCUAAAGAACGAGUCGAACAAAUGCAAAACGAAUUGGCAGCUUGGAAAUUCACAACCGACAGUCAUAUGGGCAAACAACUUAUGGCUAAGUGUCAAUCACUUUACAAAGAAAACGAGGAACUAGGAAAGACCAUUGAAUCUGGGGCAAUUGGUAAAUUAGAAGGAGAAUUAGCUCUACAAAGAAGCUUUGUCGAAGAGAUGAAGAAAAGUCAAAUGGAAACUGAUGAAUUUUUAUUCGAGCUUGAUGAAGAAGUUGAAGGAUUACAGUCAACCAUUUUCCAUCUUAGAAACCAACUUAAGGAAAUAAAAUCUGAAAGUGAUCAAACUGCACCACGUCCAGUUGAACUUACCUCAACGACUUAAUUUAACAACAAAACUUUUAAUUAAAACCAUUCAGUGUUUUAAAUCGAUAAAGAAAAGAGCUGAAUUUCAUAGAGUCUGUAAAUCUUUGUAAUUUGAACACUUCUCUCAUUGUACUCUAGUAAAAUAUUUGUACUCUUUCAUCAUUGGUUGAUGAUCUAAUUAGAUCUAAAA